AUGGCGAAAGGCACUAUCACUACCAGCAACGUGACUUCCUGGGGUUCAUUGGCGCCGUGCCUAGAGACCCUCGAGUCGCACGUCGUUCUCGUCCAGGAGCAUCACCGACGGGACGAGGCGAAGCUCGCCGACCUGCAGCACGAGGUGCUGGAUCACGGGUUCGCGGGCAUCUGGGCGCCAGCAGUGGCAGGCCCCACCUCCGCGGAGGGCACUACGGGCGGCGUCGCGGUCUUGGCCCGCAAGAACAUCCCCGUCACGGCCCCGCCGCUGCUGCCCUCGGCGACACUGUGGCCAGGGCGACUGGUGGCCGCCCACGUGCACUGGGGAGUCCGUGGCGGCAUUGUCUUCGUGUCGGCCUACCUGGUCGACAGCGUUGGCAUGAACGACGUGAACCGAAGCAUCUUCGGCGCGCUCACUCGCUACCUCACGAAGCUCACGGCCUCGGGCAUCGAUUGGAUCGUCGGCGGCGACUUCAAUGGGCCUCCCAGCUGCCUGCCCCUGGCGCAGUUGGAAAAGGCGGGGGGCCUCUGGCUAGCGCCGUCGGCCGACACCUGCCGCCCACAGGCGGGCAGCGGCUCGGUGCUGGACUACUUUCUGGUCGGUGCAAACCUGGCCAGCCGCAUCUCGGCUCCGAGAGUGGAUGAGUUGGGCAUCACCUCCCCGCACCUCCCUGUCAACAUGGAGCUGCGUGCCGCCGACCUGGACAUGCGCGUGAGGAUCCCGAUCGCCCCCAGGGCGAUUCCAGCGGUGCCGCCCAUCGGCUGCAGCCGCGGUGUCGAGGACUGGGCGCCCACUUUGGCCCAGGUGCGCGCCACAACCAGCGCCGAGGAGCUGCCAGCAGCCUGGGACGCCGUCGUCAGCACCUUGGAGCAGGAGCUGUUGGACCGCUACGACCAGGUUGGCGAAGCGCGCAGGCGGUUCGAAGGACGUGCGGGGCCCAUUGCGACCAAGCUGGCGCCAGUCAAGUGGAAGCCGCAAGGGCAGCGUGUCCGAUUGGGGCCUGAUGUCAUCGCGGCCAAGGUCGCGGGCCGAUGGGCGCGUCACUUCAUGGGGGUCAGCGCGUUCCUCGCGAAGGCCAGCAGGAGGCUGCAAACCGCCAGCCUGCAGUGCUCCCUUGUCCCUGAGCAGUACCACGAGCUGGCGGACUUCGUCGCGAGGGCUUUGGAGUAUGGGCGCGUGGUUAUGGACAGCAAGAAGACGCUGGCACUGCUCCCGCAUUGGGUGAGGUCCUUCUUCGAGCAGGGCUUUCGCGUGAUCGGCAACACCGACUUCCUGGAGCAGGCGGGCCGCAUCGUCCAGUUCGCCAAGGACGCCCACGCGGACGCGCUCAAGGUCAGGCAGCAGAGCUGGAUCCAGUGGGCCAACGACAGCCUGCGGAACGGCGCUGGCAAGGCGCACCGCUUCACCAAGCUGCGGGCGAUGCAGGAGGUGCUGGCGCAAUGGCAGGGCACCCACACCGAGCUCACCACUGGACGGCUCGCCCAGACCUUCGUCCCGCAGCAGCAGGUCGCCAGCCAGCACCUGAUCUGCGACCGGGAGAUGAAGGCCUGGGAGGACGUCUGGUCGUGCCACAAGCUCGAGGCGCUGGAAAGGCCAGCUGACUUCGACGAAUGGGACGACCUCGAAGACCUCACCGUGGAGGCGCUGCAGCGGGCCGCCUGCAGCUUCCCCACCACCACGGCGCUCGGCCCAGCGCAGAUCGGUAUGCGCGCGCUCACCUUUCUCACGGACGACGGCGUUUACACCUGCGGCCAGCUCUUCAUGAAGUGCGAGGCGCUGGGGGCUUGGCCCAGCGAAAGGCUGUGGCACGCUAUGUGCCGCAUCCCCAAGGCCUCUGGCGGCUGCAGGCUGAUCACGCUGAUGCACUCGCUAAUCCGAUGGUGGUCGAGGGCUCGUGCCUCGACGUCCAAGGCGUGGCUGACGGCGCACCCCAAUGCCAGUAUUUGGGGCAUGGGCGGCGGCAGAUCUUCCUCCGACUCCGCCUUCGACCUCAACCUUGAGACGGAGGUAUCGGACUGCCUGGACGAGCACGUCGUAAUCGUCAUGCUGGACGCCUGGAAGUUCUUUGAGACGAUUAAGCCCGAGUGGCUACUCAUCGAGGCGCGGCUGCUGGGCAUGCCGCUGCGGUUGGUCUGGAUGUUGAUUGAGCUAUACAGGCAGCCGAGGCGGCUGCAAGCUUUCGGCUCGGUGUCCUACGCGGUCGUGUCACAUCAGGGCGUGCUCGCAGGAUGCACUCACGCCUGUGCCAUGGUCACCUUGCUCAUGUUCAGGCUGCUCGAGCAGGUGCGAGAUGCAGGCGUCACCCCGAGGGCCCUCAUCGACGACGUCACCUUGCAGUGGCGCGGGAGGCGGCUCUCGCAACUGGGCGUGCUUUGGGCGGCCACCACCAGGUUCCGCGAGGGCGCCCAGGAGCGAGGCAUUGUCGUGCAGCCCACCAAGUCGGGCUACUUGGUCUCAUCGGACGCGGCUGCUCGCGAGUGUGCCCGACACGCGGCGGCCCGCAAGCUGACCAAGAUGCGCUGGGCCCGCAACCUGGGGCACGAUCUGGGCGGGCGCAGAAUCGCUAGGCUCCAGACGGCAAAGCGGGUGCGGCAGCUCAAGGAGCGGCGCGGCAAGUUGGCAGCUUUCAAAGGGGCAGACGUCAGGAUGCAUCUGACCGGCGGCGUGCAACGCUGGCAGGCGAGGCAGAUCGCGGCGCACCACCGCCAGCACGGCGAGGUCAAGCCUUGGGUGCGGGCCAUGCGGCUCUGCGUGGGCGACGGGCGCGCGGCGUUGGCGGAGGGCCCGUCGGCCACCAGCCUGCGUCACCACUGGGCGACGGUGGCCUGGACGCAACAGGCCCAGCACGACCUUGGGCUGGCGGCGGCGCCGAAUUGCAGGGCCUGCGGACAUCCGUCCGACUCGCCUGGGCACAGAUUUUUCGGCUGCGAGGUACUCGUGCAGCCGCUCACAGAGGAGGAGCAGGACGAGCAGCUGCCGCCCGAGCCGAUGCAGGCCAUCCGCACCUUCAUGUGCGACAAAGGCCUGCAGGAGGGCGGCAGCUUCGAGAGCGCCGACUUCCAAAUGUGCUUGCCCUGCAUGCCGCCAUUCGUGCCGCCCGCCGCGGAGCAGGCCGAGGUGAAGUUCUGGGGCUGCUGGCCUAGCCAAGGGGCGGACACGGCUUCCUGCAGCAACGCCGACAUGGAUGCGUACUUGGACCGAGGCCUCCACCCGCUGCUGUACUCUGGCAACAUGUGGGCCGACUGGUUCGCUCGGCAAGGAGCCAUGCAGCACACCGUGUCGAAGGUGUACGAGGAGUUCUACAACAUCGAGCUGCAACACUACAAGAGCCUGGCAAAGUACGUCGGCUGGGCGAUGCAGAGGACGAUGCACGCAGGCCGCUGGGAUGCGCCCGAGCAGACAGCCCGCCCGCCAAAGGUGCCCAAGGUGCAGGCGGCGACUGUGAUCAGCCACUCCCUGGUUCGCCUGAACGGGACGGCGGUGGUGCUGCGCCGCGCUUGCUGCAGGCAGACCAGCGGGCAGACGGGGCCCACAUGGACGCAGUUCGCGCGUUCAGCUUGCGAGGCCAGCCAGUACACCGCGCUGCGGGCCGAGGCCAUCAUCGCGCACGUCGGCGCGCAGCCCAUUGUGGUCUCGGAGGCGGGCGAGUUCGCUAUGCAGGCGAUCGAGCGCGCGGCGUGCCCCGAAGAUGCGGGGCCCAGGCCAGCCGAGCCUGCCCCCUGGGGCUCAGGGGACGGCACCAUCGAGAUGCAGGGGCACAGGCUGAGGCGCGCAGGGCCCACCAUCUACUGCGAGGUAUGCGUGGCGUGGGCGGCGACAGGCUCCUCACUGGCCCUGGCUGCGCCCUGCGCUGGCCCGCCCAGCGCCGAGGGCAAGAACCAGCGCACCUACCUGUCCAACCUCAGGGCGCGGCUCAAGAAGCUCAGCCAAGGGCUGCACCCCAAGACAGGAAAGGUGCUCACUUGGGGAGGUGCAGGCGAGGCUCCAGACGGCCCCAGAACAUGGGCCACAGCGGCGGCCAGCGCGGCCGCGGGCGACAUGGCCUCUGGGGGCGACGGCGCUGCAGAGCGGCCAAGCGGCAGGCACGCGCAGAAGGAACAGGGCGAGGCGACCAGGCCUGGCCAGGACCACGAGACGCGCGAGGUGCCUGCAGGGGCUGGAGGUUCCGACGCAGUCCAGACCAAGAAGCCUGCUUGGCGGGUGCGACGGCAGGAGCUCCUGGAACGGAUGCAGCGAAGGCAGCAGCAUCUGCUAGCCGAACGUGGUCCAGCAGCCGCCAGCGGCGCGCAGCGUGAUGAGGGAGACAUGGCCGACGGCAGCUUGCCCUCGGCCUAUGGAGCGCACCAAUGCCCCGACGGGGGCACCACUGGACUGGUGACGCUCCAGCCGCCGCCAGCUGCCCCAGACGUGGGGGUGGUCGAUGCCUGUCUGGCGGCGGGGCCGUCGCGGCUGCCUGCGCCCUUGAGGUGUGACCUGGCACACGAGGUGACGCUGACCACGGACCACCAGGAGGGCGCCGUGACCAGCCCUCAGGACAUGAGCAGCCCGCCGCAGCCGUUCUCGACUACCGAUAUGGCCAGCACCAGGGGUGGCAGGGGACCUGCAAAGUGCGGUCGCGAAUGCGGCCCCGCCCUGAGUGCUGGCAGGUCUGACAACUCGCAGCGGGCGCUGCCAGGCAUGGCCAGUGACAAGGGUGGCAGGAGGCCUGCAAGCCGCGACCCUGAGUGCGGCCCCACCUUGGGCACUGGCGGCGACGGCAGCCAGGCCCACCGCGUGCGGCGACGAUUUACGGCCUGGGCCAGGGGUGGCAGGGGACCUGCAAUGUGCGUGCGUGAGUGCGGCCCCGCCCUGAGCCCAGGAUGCGACGAGGACCGCGACGGCAAGGGUAUGGCCAGCGCCAGGGGUGGCAGGGGACCUGCAAAGUGCAGUCCUGUGUGCGGCCCCGCCCUGGGCACUGGCAGCGGGUCUCUGGAAGCGGCGUCGCCUGAGGAGGACCAGCGGCAGCCGCAGCUGGCUUCUGGGGAGGCGUGUCCACGUGCAGCUACGGCUGGUGCCAGGGGUGGCAGGGGACCUGCAGUUUGCGGUCCUGAGUGCGGCCCCGCCCUGAGCACCAGCACCCACCCCGAGCGGCGACGGAUUACGGCCUGGGCCAGGGGUGGCAGGGGACCUGCAAUGUGCGUGCGUGAGUGCGGCCCCGCCCUGAGCCCAGGAAGCGACGCGGACCGCGACGGCAUGUGCAUGGCCAGCACCAGGGGUGGCAGGGGACCUGCAAGUGCCGACCGUGUGUGCGGCCCCGCCCUGAGUGCUGGCAGAGUUGCGGUGGCUCGGCCUGAGCCAGCGCAGCCGAGGCGCAGCGUCGCGCCCAGGCUUGAGCUGCAGGUCGCUGGAUGGGCGCGGUACUGGACCCAGGCUCCCGAGGUCGGCGAGACGAUGGAGUGCUACAGCGAGUGGCUCGACCACUGCGUCGGCUACGUCACGCAGAUCCUGUCCCAGCCGCGCUUCGCCACCAGGCUGCGGGCGCGUGGGAGGACGGCCGAGGAGAUGGCCGAGGAGAUCUGCGAGCGGGCCUGGGGGACUGGCAUGCCCGCGAGGCGGGCCUACUACAGGUGGCGCCACACGCUGACGCGGUCGCAGAGGAUCGUGUCGGACUGCAUGCGGCGCUACGACUACGUGUGCCUGCGGACGUGGCUGGCCGAGCUGCGGCGGGAAGGGCAGCCACCGCCCAUUGGCCCGCUCAGAGCGCCUUCGGAGGCGACGGAGAAGUGGUUGAGGGUCGGCCUCUCCUGGCACGGGCAGCCGCUGCGUGGCCGCGCCGCCCUUCGCGUCCGUCGACGUGAUCGGCAUCACUGGCCUCCCCUGAGGCUGCGGCCCCCUGGCCGCCUGUGCUGCGUCUAG